GUAGUAUAAUAGUAAAUCCUGCAGUUUUCAAAUAUAACUCGUAGAGUCGCUGUUCACCAGCAAAGCAUUUGGCAGCUGUACCACCUCAUUCCCCACCCUCUCCAUGAUGUCACACAGCAAAAAAAAGGACAAAGUGCGUCCUUUGUCCUGACUUAUACGUUUGAUUUUACACAGUACGCUUGUUUCUGGAGAAUUUUUGUUUCUGGAGAAUUUGUUCGCGUUUAAAAUCCUGUUCGUCAUGGAUCUUAAGCCAUUUGCAGCUGUGAAGGUGAUACUGGCAUAUUGUUUCUUCAUGGUUAUGGCAAACUCCGCGUUUGGAGAUGUGAGCUAUUCCUUUCCGGAGGAGAUGAAACGCGGAUCUGUAAUAGGAAAUUUAGCCAAGGAUCUAGGGUUGAAUGUAAACAGACUGUCAGCUCGAAGGGCUCGUAUUGAUACUGAAGGUAACCUCAAACGCUACUGUGACAUUAAUGCGAAUACUGGAGAACUGACUGUAGCAGAAAGGAUCGACAGAGAGGGGCUUUGCAAAGAAAAGAUGUCUUGUCUUCUCAAUUUUUAUAUAGUUCUAGAGAAUCCUUUGGAACUGCAUCGAAUUGCAUUGCAAAUUACAGACAUUAAUGAUAAUUCACCAGUUUUUCCAAGGAAUUUAAUAAAACUGGAAAUAACAGAAUCCGCUUACAAAGGCUCUAGCUAUCGCAUUAACGACGCACACGAUUCAGAUAUUGGAGUAAAUGCAGUGCAGGCCUACAGCUUACAAAAUAAUGCUUACUUUAUUUUAAAUGUUAAUUCAAACAAUAAUGAGGGGAAACAAAUUAAUUUAGUGUUGGAUAAAGAGCUAGAUCGUGAGCUGGAGAAGGAGGUAUCAUUAAUUCUGACUGCAGUAGAUGGUGGUACGCCACCGAACUCUGGUACUGUAACCAUACACGUUACUGUACUGGAUGCUAAUGAUAACGCUCCAGUGUUUAGCGAAUCUGUAUAUGAAGUCAAUCUGUCUGAAAAUUCCCCGAUAGAUACAUUGGUGGCGUCUGUGAGUGCUACUGAUGCAGAUGAAGGACCAAACGGGGAAGUAACCUAUGAAUUUAGCAGAGUUUCUGACACUGCCCGAAAGUUUUUUUCAUUAGAUAAAACAUCUGGAGAAAUUAGGUUAAUAGGUCAGGUAGAUUUUGAAGAGGAUGCAAUAUAUGAAAUGCAGAUUGAGGCAAAAGAUGGUUAUGGACUUUCAUCUUUCUCUAAAGUGAUAGUAAAUAUCCUAGAUGUUAAUGACAAUAAUCCAAUGAUAUAUAUUAAAUCUUUGAAUAGUCCAGUUCCUGAAAAUGUUGUACCAGGUACAGAGGUAGGCAUCAUUAAUGUGCAGGACAGAGACUCUGAGAACAAUCGACAGGUUCACUGCUCCAUUCAGCAAAACAUUCCUUUUAAACUCGUGCAGUCUAUUAAAAACUAUUUUUCUUUGGUUACAACAGAUGCAUUAGAUCGAGAAAUAAUACCUGAUUAUAACAUUACAAUCACUGCUACUGAUGAAGGCUCUCCACCUUUAUCCUCCUCUAAAACUAUUCAGCUUUUAAUAGCAGAUGUAAAUGAUAAUCCACCUGUAUUUGAGGAGCAGUUUUACAGUGCUCAUGUGAAAGAAAAUAACAAACCAGGCUUCUCUGUUUGUAAAGUAGCAGCAACAGACCCAGACUGGAGACAGAAUGGUACUGUAGUUUAUUCUCUUUUGUCCUCUGAUGUUAAUGGAAUGCCAGUGGCCUCCCUUUUAUCCAUUAAUGGAGACACAGGUGUUAUCCAUGCAGUGAGAUCUUUUGAUUAUGAGCAGUUUAAAAGUUUUAGAUUUCUGAUCCUAGCCAGAGACAAUGGUUCUCCUCCACUUAGCAGUAAUGUGACUGUGAGUGUCUUCAUAAUGGAUGAGAAUGAUAACUCCCCACAAAUAUUGUACCCCUCUUUGGAAGGAAACUCUUUUAUGACUGAGAUGGUGCCCAAAGCUGCCCAGUCAGGCUCUCUGGUAUCAAAGGUGAUCGCAGUGGAUGCAGACUCUGGUCAAAAUGCGUGGCUCUCCUAUCACAUAGUGAAAGCAACUGAUCCUGGCCUUUUCACUAUUGGUGAACACAGUGGAGAAAUCAGACUACAAAAGGAUGUUUAUGAAUCCAAUAAUAUGAAGCAGAACCUUAUUGUUUCUGUGAAAGAUAAUGGAGAAGCAUCUCUCUCUGCCACAUGUUCACUUUACUUACUCAUUACUGAUAACUUGGCUGAAGUACCAGAACUGAAAGACAUGGCUUAUGACGAGAGCAGCUCCAAACUCACUUUUUAUUUGAUCAUCGCGCUGGUGUCCGUCUCCACUUUCUUCCUGACCUUCAUCAUUAUCAUACUGGCCAUGAAGUUUUGUCACAGGAGGAAGCCCAGACUGUUGUUUGAUGGAGCUGUUGCCAUUCCCAGUGCGUAUCUCCCUCCAAAUUACGCAGAGGUGGAUGGAAUGGGAACUCUCCGAAGCAUCUACAAUUACGAUGCAUACCUGACCACAGGAUCACAAACCAGUGAUUUUAAGUUUGUUACAUCUUAUAAUGAUGGAACAUUGCCUGUUGACUUGACUUUGAAGAAAACCCAGUCUUUUGUUGGUGAACUUGAUGGAUUUGAUGAGGUUUCCAAUGACUCCUUUCAGGUACGACAUUAA